AUGGCCCUUAAUUUACAGUACGAAGCGAUCGGUAAAGGGUUCGUGCAGCAGUAUUAUGCGCUGUUCGAUGACCCAGCACAGAGGGCCAAUUUGGUCAACAUGUAUAACGUUGAAUUGUCUUUCAUGUCCUUUGAAGGCACUCAAAUACAAGGAGCCCCAAAAAUUAUGGAAAAAUUAAAUGGUUUAAGUUUUAAAAAAAUAAAUAGGAUAAUCACGGCUGUAGAUUCGCAACCAAUGUUUGACGGUGGAGUUUUAAUUAAUGUUUUAGGAAGAUUACAGGCAGAUGAAGACCCACCACACGCUUAUUCUCAAGUCUUCGUUCUCAAACCAUUAGGAAAUUCCUUUUUCGUUCAACAUGACAUUUUCAGAUUGGGCAUACACGAUACUGCAUAA